AUGGAAUCAUGUAAGCAAGCAAGCGAAUUGGCUAAUAGUGUCGCAUUCAACGCUAUUAUCAUUGUUGGGAUUAUCAUAUCAGCGACAGGAUUUGUUGUUGAAAUAUGGGUAAUGCUUAAGAUAACAAAUCGUAUUUUAUUACAUCAAAAUACUCGAAUUUUGAUUAUCACACAUCAGUUAUGGCUUAUUCUUCACUGUGCUGCAAGAGUAUUUACCUACACCUAUAUAUUAGUGGGAUAUCAGAAGAAACACACUGAUCCCUGCGGGUAUAUGAUGUUCCCGUGGGAAUGUUUGAUGAUACGAGGACCGAUUAUUCUAACAUCGUCCUUAAAUGUUGCUUCUGUACCUGCAAUAGUUAGUGAGCGAGCUAUUGCUACAUUUUUGUCAUCGAAAUACGAAAAUUUUGGAAAAACUAUCGCUGUUGUACUUAUCAUGGCACAGACUGUAAUUGGAAUUGGGUGCGUUUUAUUUCUUUAUGGCAAUUUUUCAUUGCUUAAAUAUGGAAUGAUGGUUUACUGCGCUCGAGCAAGUAAUAAAGCAAGCGCAAAAGUUAUUGUGGUUCUUAGCUUUCAAGCAGCCAUUUCUUUCAUCUCAGCAUUAGUUCUUCCACUUUUAUUUUCUAUUAACAAGGCAAUCAAUUAA